CACCAUAUCGGGCUUAGACGUGUUUCAGUCGUUUCGGUUGUGCAUUUAUUUUGUGCUACGAACUGUACAAAACUGUGCUUUAAGUGUGGUGUUAAGGUUAAACAAACAAAGUCAAAUCCUCAGCAUCUGAUAGUGGCGGACUUUUGUGUGCACGCGUGUGUCCCGUUUUUCCAGAUUGUUAAAUCAUUAAUCUUGCAGCAGCCGACGUCGAGAUACGGUAUCUAAUCCGUGCUGAAUGCCGGCCUUCACAAUCGUAUGAGACACGACAGUGAAGCUUCCGUUAUCCGAAGUUUGUUUGUGUCCGGUUUGCCGGCGUGUUGAUCGCCACCCCGUGUGUGUGUGUGCAUUUAGAAAGGUUAAAUUUAAAUAAAAAGAUAAAGUGCAAAGUGUGCACCGCGAACCACUUCCUUGUGUAGUAACUCUGACUUUGGUUGAUUGGUUCGGUGGCGGAUCGAUCGGUUUUAAGGAUCGGUCUUUGGUUUUUCCAACACCAACAACAAACGCAAACGAUCGACUAAAGUCAGCGCCAAAACGAGUCGCUUAAAAAUAGAGGACCCUAAAAGGUUUGACCGUGGUUGAUUCGCGCUCGAGGUGUACAUUGUGUUUGUCGCGGUAACUUGUGUGUUUGUGUUCGCGAGAAAGGCUGUUUAGAUCAACGAUGGGUGUCAUCAAAGAUAACUUCAGCAAGAUUCGCGAGCAAUGCAAGGAACUGAUCCUCACAGACAAACAGAUCGAGGAGCUGAUGCGACGCGUGAUCAAGGAAAUCAACCGGGGAUUGAGCAAAGAAACGCACGCCGAGGCAGACGUUAAAUGUUUCAUCACCUACGUACAGGACCUGCCAAAUGGAAAAGAGAAGGGAAAAUUUUUGGCCCUCGAUCUCGGCGGCACCAACUUCCGGGUGCUGCUGAUCCACCUGAAGGAUGAGAACGACUUCGAGAUGCUGUCGAAAAUCUACGCCAUUCCACAGAGCAUCAUGCUCGGCAGUGGGUCGCAGCUCUUCGAUCAUAUUGCCGAAUGUUUAGCCAACUUCAUGAAGGAACACGCAGUCUAUGAGGAACGUCUACCGCUAGGAUUCACAUUCUCAUUCCCGCUAACGCAGCUUGGUUUAACCAAAGGUAUUCUAGCCCGGUGGACAAAGGGUUUCAACUGUUCCGGUGUCGUCGGUGAGGACGUCGUACAGCUGCUGAAAGAUGCCAUCGCCAGACGAGGGGACGUGCAAAUUGAUAUCUGUGCCAUCCUGAACGACACCACUGGCACGCUGAUGUCCUGUGCCUGGAAGAAUCACAACUGCAGAAUAGGACUGAUUGUUGGUACGGGCAGUAACGCAUGUUACGUUGAGCGGGUAGAAAACUGCGACCUCUUCGAUGGCCCCAAGUCCGGGCCUAACGUCAAGAAGCACGUUCUCAUCAACACGGAGUGGGGUGCGUUUGGUGACGAUGGUGCCCUCGACUUUGUCCGCACCGAGUACGAUCGCGAGAUCGACCAGCACAGCAUCAACCCGGGCCGGCAGUUGCAAGAGAAGAUGAUCUCGGGAAUGUACAUGGGCGAGUUGGCUCGUCUGGCGAUAGUGAAAUUCACGAAAGCCGGUCUCCUGUUCGGUGGUGUCGGGUCGGACAUCCUAUUCAAGCGCGGCCAGUUCUUCACGAAGUACGUGUCUGAGAUCGAGUCGGACAAACCGGGCACCUACACGUACUGCCGCGACGUGCUGGACGAGCUGGGUCUUGAGCACGCCACCGAUGAGGACUGCGCCAACGUGCGCUACAUCUGCGAGUGUGUCUCUAGCCGAGCGGCCCAUCUCGUAUCGGCCGGCAUCGCAGCGCUGAUCAACAAAAUGGACGAGCCGAGUGUAACGGUUGGUGUUGAUGGCUCGGUGUACCGUUUCCAUCCGAAGUUCCACGAUUUGAUGGUGCAAAAGAUCCGGCAGUUUGUCAAACCGCACAUUUCCUUCGACCUGAUGCUUUCGGAGGACGGUUCCGGUCGCGGUGCAGCCCUGGUGGCGGCCGUCGCCUGCCGUGAAGCCCAGUAAACCCCACCUUCCCCCGCGGUACUCGAGGUGACCGGAAUGCCGGUUGCGUUCCCACGAGCCAGCCUGCCGACCAUCCCGUACUACUACUACUAUUACUGCUAACUACUACUACUACUACUACACUUACUAGUGCGGUCGGAAAUCCGUUUUGAUAGACGGCAACCUGGUUGUUGUCCGUGCAGGUGUCCGGUGAAGCAGAAAGAUCCCUUCAGAUGCUUUCACUUUAGCUGCCGCACGCUGCUGUUGCACGAAGUGUGCAAGUGCUAUUGGGGGUCGUAUUGCGGUAAAACCGUACGAUUGUGUAUCGUUAUCACCAUGUGCUCCACUGUUCCAUCUGUAGAUUAUUGAAAAUCCUUUUAACCACUACCACCAACUACAGCUAUCGGACGUAAAUCCUUAAAUUUAAACACCGACCCUCGCGACAACAGGAUAAUCACGUACAAAGGAGCAGAGAAGAAAACAAAAAAAAAUAUAUAUAUAUAUAAACUCAGAAACGAUCCUCACCUCACGGACAGAGAGGAAAGAUGCAAAUAAUCAGGAAAAAAACAAAACUAGAGCAAACCCCACAUAUACGCGAACGUUCACAGUGUCACCCUCUAGCAUAACUAGUGAUUUAGAGUAAAUAUAAAUAGAGAAAUAUGUUGAACAGUGACUAUAGGAAAAUGAUACAAAACUGAAAAAAAAAACAAUUAGGAGUGCAAAUGAUCGGGCAGGAGUCGGGGCGGAGCGCAGCUACCCAACCAACUUC